CUUGGAAGUUCCCAUAUGGACAAUGUUUACUGCACUUUCUUGGUUUCUUACAAUCUUAUUUUGAAUUGUUUUGUCCUCUCCAUAUUUUCCACAUAAAGACGUGGGCAUCCUUUGAUUUUCCAAGCUCCCUUUUUUCCGUUCCUGCUCUAUAAAGAAGCGCAGUAGCCUAGUAUAUUCCCAAUACUUAGCAGCUGGACUUCAUCGCCUUCAGCAGGUCUUCACAGAAACAGAAAGAGGAAUAAGAGACCUUUUGGAGCUCUAGGUUAAAGUGGGUACAAGAGCUUAGAAAGCGAAUGGGUCUUUCUCUUUCUUCUCUGUUAUCUCCAUGGAAUGAAAUCCUGAGAAAUAAAAUUUUCAAUUCAAUUUACAUUGUAGACAAGGCUAUCCUGAGGUCCAUGAGUCUUGAGAAAGAGGAAACAGAAGUAGAUUUUAGAAUAAAGCGUUUCAAGGAAGAUGAUUCAGACUCCAUUAACAUGUUUGAUGUUUCAGAUGAUACGGUAAUGAAGAGGGAAGGAAGUAAUUCAGUUCAAGAACAAAAGACUGUGAAUUCAGUCUCUUUGAAUGAUAAAGCUCGUGAAACAAUCCAUAUAACAAAACUCAGCAUCAGGCUUCCUGAUCCAGUGAUAAUGUUUUCUCCAAGGCCUGUUAAUGAGCUUGAUGCUGCUGCAACUAGGCUUCAGAAGGUUUACAAGAGUUAUAGGACUAGAAGGAAUCUUGCAGAUUGUGCCGUUGUGGUUGAAGAGCUCUGGUGGAAGACCCUGGAUUCUGCAGCACUCAAACGGUGCUCUAUAUCCUUCUAUGAGGUUGAGAAACAGGAAACUGCCAUGUCACGGUGGUUGCGAGCUCGAACAAGGGCUGCCAAGGUAGGGAAGGGUCUGUCCAAGGAUGAGAAGGCUCAAAAACUAGCUCUUCAACAUUGGCUAGAAGCUAUUGAUCCACGCCAUCGUUAUGGACACAAUUUGCACUUCUAUUAUGAUAUUUGGUCUGAAAGCAGGAGUACUCAACCUUUUUUCUACUGGUUGGAUGUUGGUGAUGGUAAAGAAUUAAAUCUGGAGAAGUGCCCCAGGAUCAAUCUGCAACGUCAAUGUAUUAUAUAUCUUGGACCAAAAGAGAGGGAGGCAUAUGAAGUGAUAGUGGAAAGUGGAAGACUUGUUUACAAGCAAACUGGAAUUCCUCUCAACACUGUUGAGGGAUCUAAGUGGAUUUUUGUGCUGAGCACAUCUAGAGCCUUGUAUGUGGGGCAGAAGAAGAAAGGUGUCUUUCAGCACUCAAGCUUCUUAUCUGGUGGUGCUACGACGGCUGCUGGAAGACUGGUAGCUCAUCAAGGAGUCCUUGAGGCAAUUUGGCCCUACAGUGGUCAUUAUCUUCCAACUGAAGACAACUUCAAGGAAUUCAUUACUUUCCUUGAGGUUUACAAUAUGGACUUGAGCAAUGUUAAGAGAUGUUCAAUAGAUGAUGAUGAAGGCUCAUUCAAAGUGACAGUGGACGGACGCAAGCAAGAGGAGACCAAAAAUAUGUCCACGAUAGCAAAAUCAACAAGCGAAAACGAGGUGGAUGCUAAUGUUUCCAUCCAUGAUGAAUGCAUUGGACCAGAUCAUGAACAAAGUAGCAUAGCUGGCAAUGCAAUCAAUGCUGAACCACCAGCAGUCAACGUGGGAAAGCCUUUGUCGUGCAAGUGGACUAGUGGAGUUGGUCCCCGUAUUGGGUGUGUUAGAGACUACCCGGCUGACCUGCAAUCUCGGGCACUUGAACAAGUCAAUCUAUCUCCAAGGUCCUCCCCUGGCAACUUUGGAAACUCUGAUCCAAUCCCUUCACCACGACCUAGCCCAAAAAUCCGAGUCUCACCCAGGCUUGCAUACAUGGGACUUCCUAGUCCCAGGCUAACAGCUACGGCUACAAUAAAUUGGCAACAUUAGGCACUUCUUGUGCUCAGAAUUUUGCUACAGCAGAUUACAAUGUAAAAUAGGUUAUUAUCAUUCUUUGUUCUUUUAUUCAUGGAUUUUAGCUAUUCUUAGCUAAAUCAUGUUAUUCCCAAAAUGAAGGUGGUAGUUCUGUUUGAAAAUUGUGAAUACGCUGUUGUAUUGAGAUAAUAAAUAACUCAUGAGAAA